GGCCCCUCAGCGGCCUCAGGGCUGGGCCGGGGUCCGGCGGGUCCCGAGAGCGUCCCUGGGGGCCCCGGGGGGUCCACGCACCCCCCGCCGGUCAGCUGUGAUGAGCCCAUCCCUGCUCCAGGAGGGCUCUGCUCCCGAAGCUGCCCUUCCCAGCUAGAUCCCAACCCUGCUGCCAUGGAGAUGGGCAGCCUGGAGGAGCGGGCCUGCGGUGACCAGCGGCGGGAGGAGGGCGGGGAUGCGUCUCCCGAGGGUGCCAAUAACUCCGGGGAGCCGCAGCCUCCGCCACCCGGGAAGCUGCGGAAAACAGCCUUCAAGCUGUUCGGGGGCAAGAGGAGCAUCUGCACCCUGCCUAGCUUCUUCGGUGGCCGGGGCAAGGGCCAGGGCAAGAAGGGGCUCAGCAAGUGCAAGACCCAUGACGGGCUGAGCAGUGCCACGUCUGACAGGGCCCAGCCCGACAGCCCCUUGGAUGUGCAUCCUGGCCCCCUGCCGUGCUCCCGAAGCGCUCAGCUGCCCAGGGACACCGGAGCCAGGGGGGACUUGGGCCAGCAGGACAACUCUCCCCCUGGGAGCAUCGAGGGCUGUGACAAAAAGCCCAAUGGGGACAAGUCCUCCUUUCCCAGGCCCAAAAAAGGCCUGAAGGGGUUUUUUAACAGCAUCCGGCGGCACCGGAAGAGCAAGGCUGCAGAGGGUGAGAGGGCAGAGCUUCCCGAGUGGAACAGGGACCUCGAGGAACCCAGCAGUGCCCCAGGGGUGGCAGUGGAGAGCCGGGGGGCCGCAGAGAGCAGGGGGGCAGGGCCAGUCCCUGUGCCCACAGCCUGCCCGGGGGAUGAGCCUGGCUGUGGGGAGGCCCCUGAGCCCUCCUGCCCUGUGGCUGAAGGGGGCAACUCCAAGGGCGAUGCAGUGGUGGUGGUACCAGGAGAUGGGGAUGCUCCAGAUACGAAAUUGGAGGCUGACACUGCCACCUGCGCUGAGUUUGACCGUGACAGUCUGCUGCUGGCCUUCCACCCAGACCUCAUGGACAGCGAGCCUCCCUGCCUGCACUCCGGGGACCUGCUGAACCUCAUCCUGGGAGACGUCACCUCCCUGAAGAGCUUCGACUCCCUGACAGGCUGCGGGGACGACAUCGCCGAGCCUGACAUUGCCGAGAGCAGCAUCUCGGUGGAGCGCAGCAGGGAGGCUGCCAAGCGCAGCUCCUGCCUGGUCACCUACCAGGGUGGCGGGGAGGAGAUGGCCAUUCCUGAGGAGGCCGAGGAGUACUUGCACCAGGUGUGGGAUGGCAGCAUGCGAGGGGACAGGAGCUACGGGGCCCAGGUGUCCCGCAGCAGCCUGGAGACACACACCUCACACGAGGGGGAUGCCCACCCCUACAUGGGCGACCCCAUGGACGGUGUCGAUCUCCUGACACCCCAGAGCGACCAGCAAGAGUCUGCCCCAAACAGUGACGAGGGUUAUUAUGACUCCACGACGCCAGGGCUGGAGGAUGAGGCUGGAGAGGAGCUCAAGAAGGACCGUCUGCCCCGGGACAGCUACAGCGGCGAUGCACUUUAUGAGUUUGAUGCGCUGAUGAGCCCUUCUCAUGGGGAGGAAUCGCUGUUUGAGGGCAAAGGCCCCCGCCCAGGCAUCUUCAGCUACUUCAUGGACUUCUGCCUCCCUGCGGAGAAGAGCCUGAUCCAGCAGAUGAUGGAUCAGAAAAGAGGGGUGAUGGAAACAGAAGAGGAAGGUCUUGCGGCCCUUCAGAAGGAGCUGCUGUACUGGGAGCUGCAGAGGGAGCCGGUCCUGAAACGCCUGGAUGUUUCCAGCAAGGAGGAGCAUCCCCGGGAAAAGCAGUGCAUUGAAUGUAAAACUCGAGCAGCCAGCUCCAGUGGCAAGAGUCAGAGUGGCCUUGGCGGUGAGCAGGUGGCCUCACACGCCCCGAACUGGGCUGUGAAUGGUGGGGUUCCGGUGGCUAGAGCUGAAAAUCCAGAGUGGAGGGAUUUUCCAGGGACUCUGUGUCCAGAAAACUGUUACAACAGCCAAAAAGCCCCAGGAAGUUGCCUUAUUCAGCUCACGAAGAACACCCUGGGGUUCGAUUCGGACCCGGAUUGUGGGUUGUUUGGGGACUCCAUCCCAGCCAAGGCAGGGAUGUUCCCUGACUACAGAGUGCAGCCCACUCCCGGUGAGCCCCAGGUGGGCAGCGAGCCUGAGCACGCCGUGAGCUUCUCCCAGGCGCUGGUGGAGUUUGCCAGCAGCGGAACCCUCUUCUCCAGCCUCUCUGAAAGCCUGGGGAGCUCGGCCUCCAGCUCCUCUUUCACCCAGAACCUCCCCGCCCUCCCCACCAUGGUCACCUUUGAUGUGGUGGACGUGGAGCAGGAGGGGGAAGGGGAGUGUGAGCAGCACCCAGAGCUGAGCGAGGACAUUGCCGAGGCCUUUGACGACGGCUACGGACAGAAGGAGUCGUUGGCUGAAUGUGACGAGAGAAUGUCCCCGGGGUUCUCCCUGGGCUCCUUCCAGAGCUGCAACUGGGGGGUGGCCAGCUUGCCCCGCCACCUGCGCCUCCACGGGCUCAGCCCCUCCAUGCCGGCACCGCUCUCCAUGGACCGGCGGAGCCGCUCCCUGGACACAGAGAGCCUGGAGUUCGAGCUGGCCGAGCCACAGGCUGCCCGGAGUGGCCCGCAGCCCUGCCGGCUCUGGGCCCGGCAGGAGGGCAGCAGGAAGGACUCGGGCGGAGCACGGAGGAGCAGGAGCAAGGAGGAGGGCGAGCCGGCGGCCCUGGAGGGCGGGCUGAGCUGGCCAGGCCUGCAGCACCUGCAGCGCAGCAGUGACGGCGGUGGGAUGGAGCUCUGGGGCUUCGCUCCGGUCGGCGCCGUGGAGAGCGUGUGGGACCCGUCCGAGGAGCCGGGCACCGUGUCCCCUUUCCCGCCUCUCUCUGGGGAGGCUCUGGACAGGCGGCCCCAAGAGCCAGAGCUGCCCCGGCAUGCGCUCCGCCCCUCCAACCUACCCCUGCAGCCCGAGGCGCGGUGGGCGCGGGAGGCAGCGGCGUCCUACAGGUACCAUGGAGAGGUCCCCAGGCUGUCCUGCCUGGUACCCCUGGGAGAAACGGAGCUGCCCCCGAGCUUUGGCUUUGCCUGCUCCCCAGAGAAGCGCUCCAAGGGCAAGCCCGUGGGCAUCGCCCAGGGCAUGCCUCAGCAUCCUGGCAGGAAUGCCGGCCCUGCAGAGAGCCCAGAGCGCUGCGUGGAGCCCCUGAAGGGCAGGGGCACCCCCGGGCACUGCCGCGGCACCACCCUCGAUGUCACCGACGCAGAGUAGCUGCGGGAAUGUCACCCGUCACCGAGGGGCUGCCCCAGGCAGGGUGGAAGUGGUGCAGGGCAGGGAGGGCGAGGCUGUGAGCGAUCGGGGUAGGGGUGACUAAUGGGAGCUGGGCCUUGCCCUGCGGGUGCUCUAGUGGGGAUCAGAGGUGCCUCGGCGUUCCUGUGUCAACACUGAGGCACUUUCUGGUUUUCCAGCCCUUUCCGAUGCCAAGUGCAGCAGCAGCCCCUGGCACUGCUGCCAGGACAGAAGCUGGGAAUGGACCUGUUGCCAGAGUGGCAGGUUCGGGGUCUGGGCAGGAUUGGAGCUGGGGGAACAAGCCUUGGGGACACUUUUGAGAGAAAUGGGAUUUCUUUUCCCCUUCUCGGUGAAAUGUUUUGAUUCAAACUCACUUUGAAUGUCUUCCAUCUUGGUGUUGAUUGUGGAGCUGGGGCGAAGGAUGCUGGUUGUUCCCAGGGGAUGAGUCUGCUGGAAGGGGAACUUUGCAGCAACAUUUUUAUUUAUUACUUUUUUUUCCUUGCCCCAAAGGAAAGCAGGAGCUUUUGUGUGCGUGCUGAUAAUGCUCUCCAGGUCCAGUUUCAAUUUGCCUGGAGAGAUGUGCUGUUUGUGGUGUCCCUUUCAAGAACAAAGUGUCAGUUCCUUCUUUGUUGUGGUCUGUCUUCCCAGAGUGUAAUUCCUGGUGGAAACCUUUCCUGUGCUUUGUCCCAGCUCCUCGUCUCUCCAGGACCAUGGGCACAUGGAUGAGGUCUUUGAAAUAAGCUAAAUUUGCAUCAUGCCUGUAGCUGUGAAGUGGCAGAUGCUGUUACUUUCUCAAAAGGAAGUUUUGUGGCUUUUUAAUUUAAUUUUGUUAUUUUAUGGUUGUUUUCUUUGCAUAAACUCACAGGAGGGAAGUUUCGUGUUUGUUGGAAUGCCUAAAUUGGGCUUCAUGGCCUCUUCCUCUGGCUGGAGGGAACAAAAAAGCUGGAGGUUGCUGCAGGUUUGGGAUUUUUCUCCUCCUCUUUGAAGGAACAUGGAGGAGGGACACAAGCUGAGGGGUCAGACUUUGCCUGGGGGAUCAUAAUGAGCUCCCGUGACAUCUGUUUCAGACCGUUGGUCCUUGGGGCUUCUCCCCUGUCCUCAUGAUCCCAAACAGCCUUUUCUCUGAUCCAGACCUCCCUGUCCAUGACACAAAGCUGCCUCCUCCUCCUCCUUCGCAAGUUCUGUGUUCUGAUUUUAAUUCUCUUUCCACUGGUUUUUGUUCCCCCACCCCUUGUUGCCCCUUUCCUGCUUUUCUUUCCAGCAGAAUCUGUAGCAUUUAAAAAAAUAAUCCCAAGCUGGAAAUACCAGAGUUUUUCCCCAUUUGUGGAGCAAGGGAUGGCUCUGCCCAACCCAAAUUCCCUUUUCCUGCUGUGCUGGGUCCCCCUCCUGCUGCUCUCGCCUCCACAUGGAUGUGGCUCCAGGGGCUCCAGCAGCAGCUCUUUGGCAUCACUGUGUUUUCCAGCACAAGGAGCUGCUUUCGGUUUGGUAUUUUUUUUUCCCCCAGAGCAAAAUCAUAUUUCGUUUUGAGAAGAGAUUCUUUCUGCCUUGUCCUUGAAUAUCUGGGAAGGAGCAGGGAAAAGCAAAGCCAGGCUGGGUGUGAUUUUAUUUCCCUGCCCAGACCGCUGAGGUGGCACAGACCUAUCUGUGCAUCCAUGGGCUUAAACCUUAAUUUUUCCUGCGGCAGGGAGUUCCUGCAGGAGCCCAUCAUGCCAUGGGUCUUUUCUCCCAUCCCUCUGUGACACCAGAGAGGAUUUCCUGGGAGAAACCUGGCUCUUGGUGCCGCUCCUGAAGAGGAGAAUGUGGUCAGCCAGUGGAAGGUCCCCUCGCUCCAAGGUUGUGUCUCCUCUUGUUAGUGCUGCAUGUGAACAGCUGCUAAUGAGUAUUGGAAUGUUGGAACAUUGGAAUAUUCCUCACUGGGGCAGGCUCCCCUUGCUGGGAGCCAGGUCAGGGCCAGGUCUCAGCCCUGCCCAUCUCACCACCAUCCCCAGACCACAAACCACGGGGGCAUGGCAGACAUUGCCACACACCCUCACGGCCCUUUACUGGGUUUAACUCCUGUUUUCCUUUGUUUUAGCGUCUCACCAAAGGCAUCUCGUGGGUUCUGGGGCUUGUAGUUUUUGUUCAGCUGUGGUGCAGCCUUUGCCAAAGUCCUGCUGGGGGUUGGAAGUGUCUCGGUGCUACAAUGAAUGUUCUGUCGCCAAGGUGUCUCUAGGAAUAAUGUUUUCAGUUGUAGGUACGUGCUGGGGAGGUUUAGGGGGAGCAAUACAGCCAAGGCUUGAUAAUCUGACUUUAUACCAAAGGUUUCUCCUCUUAAUUCAAUGGGAAUUACAUGAAACAAAUAUCUGCUGAAUUACAACAAGUUUUCUAAACAUUAAUUUGCUGGACUAGCGGUGGAUUCUGCCCCGUUAACCCAAAGAAAUAAGGAUUUUCAAUGCAGUAACUCAGCCUGUAAAUGAUCACUGCAGUAGGUAUUGGAUUUCACUGCCUCUUCCCAAAACACCCUGGGAUACGUAGGAAAAAAUCUGGGCUGGAUCUGGAUCAGUCCAACACUGCCUUACCCGAGGAGCUCAAAUUUGGGAGUGCUCAUUGAGGUUUUUCAUGCAAAAGGGCUUCCUAACCACAAAUCAGUCUUAAAAGUCAGGAAUAGCAGAUUGUCUUGCCAAGAUAUUAAGGAAAAACUCGAGGAAUUUGUCCCUUCCAGGGAAAAGUGAUAAGUUAGGGCUGUGCCUAAAGUGAUAAAUUGGGGCUGUGAACUUGUGAUGAAACCACUGCCAUUGGGGUCAGCCUACCAAGUGAUUCUGUAUUGCAUUUUGGGGACUUUGGGGUUUUAUUUGGUUUGUUUGUUUUUAUAUACCUAAGAAAAAUGUCGAUUUUUCUCUAUUUUUGUAUAGUUUUGCAUUUUAUAAUCAUGGGAAAGAUUUUACAGACUGUUCUUUUACUCGUGUUUGUCGUCGUUCCAAGUGGUGUGGUUUGCCCUUCCCGUGGAGAAAAGGCAAUUCCUGCUGCUGCCGUGCCCAUGCCCUGCCAGGAACCCUCCUGUGCUCCUCCAGGAAUGUGCUGAGCCACUUCCCAGCUGGAAUAACUCUAGCCCCUUGCAGCACACACACACUUUGCACACCCCACUUAGACGUCUCUAAUCCUGCUCUGUCACACUUGUCCAACUGUUCUUUCAUUUCUUCUAAGUGUUGUUUUUAACCUGAAUUUGUGGAUUUUGGUGAUUUCUCCCUCCAGGUGCUGUUGACCAUCUCUAAAGUAGAAGCCCACGGGUGUCAGUUGGGGCUUUCCCUGCUGUCUCCUUACAUUGUUUUAUCCAAAUUUGGGGCUUUUUUUAAAUCCCCAGGCAUGCCGUUGGUUGGUGCUUGGCAGUGCUCUUUAACAGAUUCCCUCUCUCUUUGGUGCUUCCUGUUUGGGCUGGGAGCUGGAAUUUCACCCUCAUGCAGGCAGCAACACCUGCUCCAGGCCUAUGGAUUGCUCCUUAAAUAAUCCUGGAUUAGCAGGGCUGGCCACCUUCUCCUCCUUUCUCCUGGCUGGGAGCUCCAGCCCAGUGCCACCUGCAUUGCCAACACCACUAAAGCAUCUUCCUGCAGUGAUACUGCCUUGGCUUUUGGGAUCAGAAGAGAGGAGAGCUUUUGGAAAGCUAAAACCCAGCCAAAAUCAGAUUUUUUUCCCCCAGCAGAGAUGUCAAUUGCUGCUGAUUUGGCUCUUUAAAAGUUUUUGUUCAUCGGGUUUGCCCCAUUCCCAGCACAAGUUGCUCAGCAAACAUUCCCGGGCCUCAGACCCACCUUGCCUUCCAUAUUCCCUCUGUCCUGGAAUUUUGGGCUCCCUCCUCUCCAGCUGGGGCCUCCUGCUCUUCUCAUCCCUAUUGAGUCACACUAAAGCUCCCCUUGGGUGAAGUGAAAAAUUCAAAUCUUAGAAAAGCCUCUCUGCUCUAAAGAAAAAAAAGGAAUUGACCCUUGUCCUUAGCUGCCCCAUCCCACUGCCGGGCUGGUGGCUCCUCCCAGGCGACCAACCUGUCUGAAUUUUGGGGUUGUUUUUGUUUUCUUUCUGGUCUCAUUGCUACUAGUCCUUUCAAGUUUUUAAUGUAUUGAUUGUGUUUUAAAAUGAAUGUUCCUUUCACUGAAUUCUAAUGAAUAAACUUCAGAUUUUUAGAGAA